ACAUUGUAUGAAUCAUCAUUCAUCAGUGUCAGUAGUGGGAGCAUUGCUAACGAUCAAUUCACAAGAUGGCCGCUCCCAAAGUAUGGAACAGCUUUGAGGGGAAGAGGAAGAACGGAGCCACCGUCAAGUUGAGGGUACAAGAUGUCCCCGAAGAGAGGAUGGAGGAGGCUUUCCAAUUUACCAACACUUACUUGCUGAGCGAAGAAGUUAUUUACAAAGCUUCUGGACUAUACAAAAGUGAAGAAGGCAUGAAGGAGUAUGUAGAAAUAAUAACAGCAGCCAACGAGUAUAAUCCACCAAAAAUGAUGAUAUGCUGUGUAGACGACGGAUCCAAAAAUGGUGGAGAAAUAGCCGGGACAUCUAUAGUGUCAUUGGACAAGGAUACGGAUUCAUUAAAAGAUUUAGUCGAAAAGUUCGAAGUAAAAUCCCCAGAAUUGAGGAAUUUAAUUAAAGCGGGUAUCGCUCUGGAGGAAGAAGAUCUGUUCAGGAAGUAUAAGACACACUACCACGGAAAGGGCAUCGUGGUACACCCAAACUUCAGGGGGAUGGGCAUCGCUAACGAAUUUGUAAGAUUAAGGGGUAUAAUAUGUAAGGAAAACGACGUGCCAAUGACCGCAGCUUGGAUGACAGCUAAAGGCUCCCAGCGAGCUGCUGAGAAUAACAACUGGAAGACAUAUACAGAGUUACUCCCAGAGGUCAUCGCCGAAAAAAGUGGUUUAGUGUUUGAGAAAGACGCGAUACCGUUCAAACUAAUGUACAUAACGAAGGAAGAAGUGAAAUAAUUAAAAUAUGUGGAUCGAAUGUUA